GGAAGGACAGCAGACGCAGGCAGCAGGACUUUACCUCCGACUCUAGCCCAGCUGGGAGCGAAGCCAUUUACCAUGGAACCCGUGACCAAAUGGAGCCCCAAACAAGUGGUGGACUGGACUAGAGGGUUAGAUGAUUGCCUGCAGCAGUAUGUCCACAAGUUUGAACGGGAGAAGAUAAAUGGAGAGCAGCUGCUGCAGAUUUCCCAUCAGGAUCUUGAGUUGCUGGGUGUCACACGAAUUGGACACCAGGAACUUGUGUUGGAGGCCGUCGACCUUCUCUGUGCACUGAAUUAUGGCCUUGAAACUGAUAAUAUGAAGAACUUGGUUCUGAAACUGAGAGCGUCUUCCCACAACUUACAGAAUUACAUAAGUAGUCGACGGAAAAGUCCGGCUUAUGAUGGGAACACGUCCCACAAGCCCUCCAAUGAGUUCCUGACUUCUGUGAUGGAGCUUAUAGGCCCUGCCAAGGCCUUGCUAUCUUGGCUGGACCGGGCUCCAUUUACAGGGAUCACCGAUUUCUCAGUAACAAAGAACAAAAUCAUUCAGCUUUGCUUGGAUCUGACCACUACAGUCCAGAAGGAUUGUCCUGUAGCAGAAAUGGAAGAUAAAGUUCUAACCAUAGUCAAGGUUUUAAAUGGCAUUUGUGACAAAACAAUCCGCUCUACCAGGGAUCCUGUCAUGAGCCAGUGUGCCUGUCUGGAGGAAGUUCACUUACCAAACAUUAAACCUGGGGAAGGCCUGGGCAUGUACAUCAAAUCAACCUAUGAUGGAUUGCACGUGAUUACUGGAACCACAGAGAAUUCUCCUGCAGACAAAUCUCAGAAGAUUCAUGCAGGUGAUGAAGUCAUUCAGGUCAACCGGCAAACUGUGGUGGGAUGGCAGCUAAAAAAUCUGGUGAGAAAAUUGAGAGAAAAUCCCACAGGAGUUGUAUUACUGCUUAAGAAGCGCCCCACAGGUUCUUUCAACUUCACUCCUGCUCCCCUGAAAAACCUACGGUGGAAGCCACCUCUUGUGCAGACCUCGCCUCCUCCCACGACUACCCAGUCUCCUGAAAGCACCAUGGAUACCUCUCUGAAGAAGGAGAAGCCGGCCAUCCUGGAUCUUUAUAUCCCUCCCCCACCAGCCGUUCCCUACUCUCCCCGGGAUGAGAACGGGAGUUCUGUUUAUGGUGGAUUCAGUAAAUGUAAACAACCAUUGCCUGGUCCUAAGGGUUCGGAGUCCCCAAAUUCCUUCUUGGACCAGGAAAGCAGACGACGGAGAUUUACCAUUGCUGACUCUGAUCAGUUGCCUGGCUAUUCGAUGGAAACCAGUGUUUUGCUCACAAAAAUGAGGCAGAAAACACCAUCUUACGGCAAGCCCCGGCCUUUGUCCAUGCCUGCGGAUGGGAGCUGGAUGGGGAUUGUGGACCCUUUCGCCAGACCUCGGGGUCAUGGGAAGAAAGGUGAGGACGCUCUUUGCCGGUAUUUCAGCAAUGAACGGAUCCCUCCGAUCAUCGAGGAAAGCUCCUCUCCUCCAUACCGCUUCUCAAGGCCCACAAUGGAGAGGCAGCUGGUCCGAGGCGCAGACUACAUCCGAGGGAGCAGGUGCUACAUCAGUUCAGAUCUUCAUAGCAGCGCCACCAUUCCGUUUCAGGAGGAAGGGACCAAAAAGAAAUCCGUGUCCUCGGGGGCCAAGUCGUCUUCCACAGAACCGUCCCUGCUGGUCAGCUGGUUUACUCGCCUGAAAUUGUUGACUCACUGAGCCCUGCCCUCCUGGAGACCCCCUCGCUGUCUCCUGCUCCCAAGUGCCUUGCUUCCUCAGUGGACUACCUGUUGUCAUUUUCAUCCACAGUAUUAUGUAGAGACCAUAUGCAAAUUCUUUAAAAAAUAUUUUUUGGGGGGAGAAUUGUAUGCCACCCUUCUCAGAAUUUUGAAUUAAUUGGGUGGGAACAAAUCUAGAGAGCCUUAGGUGAUGGCUUGUGGAGGCUGAAGGAAAGAAAUGGGUAGGGUCUGUUUUUCCUUGUUUCCUUAGAGUGGGGACGCAGAGUCACACUCUACAAACCGGAGCCUCUGCCAGGAGUUAUGAGGAGGAACUGGGGUAUUGUUCAUUCUGGGGGCAAGAUAAAAUUGGUGGCCAUUGUCACAUAGACGUAUUGGUUUGCGGUCCAACUUCUUCACCUGUAAAAGGCAGUGGAGAAGCAUUUUGGUUUUGAUUUUUCAAGCCACACCCCACCGUUGUAAGUGUAGCAGCUUUGACUUUGAAAGAACAUGUGGAAGUGUCUGCCUCUGUUUCAGAACACAUGUGUAAGUGUAGGCAUGUUACACUUGGUUAAUUCCCUUUUCAUAACAAUCUCAGUGUAAGUCAGUUAAUACAGAAAGACAGGAACACACUGAGAUAGGGCUUAUUACACACAGAGAAGUUGUUGGUUCUGAGGGGUGGUGUUGUUGUUGUUAUAUAUUAUUGUCUUCAAAGGAGAAGAAGCUGUAAGAUUUGCUGGCAGCCAAAGUAUUAUUCAGAAGAGUGGAGCAACAAGGCUUAGGUUGAUAAGAGAUACAUGAGUUUGCACACUGGCCUAUUCAAUGUCUAUCUUCCAGAAAAGAAUGGACAGGUCUUCAAAAUUGUAUACGUUUUGCUAAUGAGAAAUAUCUUGGGAAGUCUCACGGUCACAACUUUUCAACUAGCAUCAGGUAUUUUGGAAAAGUGUGUCUGGAUAUAUUAACUCUUGUUUAAACUGAAUGUAUGAUAUUUUGUUAGAAUGGAAAAGUACUAUCUCAUUAAUUUAAAGUGUUUUAAAUAUAGUUGUAUAUUUUUCUUACUCUUAGUCACAUGUAAUUGAAAUAUUUCUGUUUUGCGUCAUACAUGAAGCUAAUGAAAAAGAGUGUUCAAGGUGUUUUCAGAUUUACCAGUCACCACCACAGCUGGUGCCACCACGGGUGCUAUUGUUAAAAAGCAAAAUAAACCCUUCCACGCAUUUUGGGAUUUUAUGGAUUAGAAAUGGGAGUGUCCAGGAAGUGUGUAUAAAGUACAUUACAUUUGGAGAAUUAUUCUGAGGUCUAUACCUAGGCAGAGCUGGUAUCCCCUAUUCAAAAAUCUUCCCCGCCACACCACCACACUCCAUACCCCUGGAAUUGUUUACUUUGCUGAACUUACUGAAAUUCAGCGCAUCGGAGAUUCCUAGAGUUAGUAAACAUCUUCCUUUUAAAGUGCUUCUGGUGGGGUUAAGGGAACAGGUAUUUGUGUGAUUGAAUUCAGUCAGGCCAGCAUGUUAUCUACCUCUAAGGGAACUGCGGUGAGAAUAUGAAUGUGUCAUGGGGGCUGGAAAGGAGUUUGGCAAACCAAGAGCAGGAGAGGCUGGCAUGUGUGAUUGUGAUUCAUCAGGUGCUUAACACAAGGUAAGGGCCAAGUGUGGGGGCCGGGAGGUCUGGUAAUAGGGCCCUGGUGACUAGGAGGGAGCUGUGGAAAAGGAGCCAGCCCCUGCCCAUUUUACUGUUAGUUGAGCUGGCUUUACGCCCAGAAAAUGGGGCGGCAGCACUUCCUCUCACUCCCUGGAUUUAGGGGAGGUGUCUAAGCGCUGUAGUUCGGCUGAGUAAUGAGUAAAAUAGCUUUGGGGGUUUUAGCUGGAGAUUAACUCCUUUUCUGGGGAGAAAAUGCCACUUGUGAUCAAAUGACCAUCCUGAAAAUGAAUUUUCAGAAGUCAGUCGUAACUAUAGGCAGUGCCCAACUUAAAUGACUGUGACAGAUGGGUGUUUUUUCAGACUCUUCCCAGAAACCUUAUGGGAAGGCCAGAAAAGUUUCCGGGUUCUCUACCUUCAGUCAGCCUCCACAGCUUCAUGUGUAUUUUUAUUUGGGGUUUUCUCCUGAAUAGUGUUUGAGAAAUAGAUUGCUUCUUUAAAAAAGUUUAUGUGUUUCUCUACUGCUGAGAUAUAUAAAUAAUAGUUCAAUACUGAUUUCUUAGAAACUAAUAGAAAGUGCUUGCCUCAGUAGUAAGCCAGGUUUAAUGGUGGACAUGUGUUAACAUAUGAAGAGGCAGAAUGACACUUUUUGACAUGAUACUUUAAAACAGUGAUUUUUAAAAAAUACUACCAGACCCAAUUCAACAUUCACCCCUUUUUAUAAUAAAUGUUUUAUAAUACCACUACAGUCAUUAAAUGAAAAUCAAGGAUGGUAAAACCUACCUUUGCACACAAAAGUGUCGCCCCCAUUUACUAUUCCAAAAUGAAAUUAAUAGGGAUUAUAACUGCCCUCUGUAUACAUACGUCAAUUUAAUGUCCUAAUGGAAAUAUAAAUGGAUAUAAAUAUAUAAAUAUUUUAUAAUGAAAUAAUUAUUUUAAUAUUUAAAUGCUCUAGCGUAAUUAUAUUACAAGAUAUAGUGAAAUAACGACACAAGGCUCAUUCUUGUAUCUAUAUAUAAAAUCACCAUGGAUAUGGCAGCUACAAAUGCAGACCAGUAGAGGCCUGCUAUGUUGGCAUCUCAAUACCAGGGACAGAUUGACAUCAACAAUGUGAUUUUCUAAAAUGUGGCCAAUUCUUGAUAAAGCUCUAGACAAAACAGAAGUCUGUAAUAGCGACACACAUAGAGUGUUUGCUGGGUGCUGGGCGUCAUUCUAUUAGGUUGGUGCAGAAGUAAUUGCGGUUUAAAAGGUUAAAAAACAUAAACAACAACAAACUGCAAAACCCGCAAUUACUUUUGCACCAACCUCAUAAAUAUUUAACAGCUUCAUGAGAUGGGUGCCACUGUCAUUCCCGUUUUACACGUCAGGAGUUACCCAAGGGUACGCAGCUGAUAACAACAGAGCUGGGAUUCAAUCUGAAGCAGACUAGCUCUGGUGUCUUUGCGCAUACUCACUGCUGUUCAGGCUUCCCUCAACGUAUGGAAUAAUAGCGUUCCCGUAAAAUCCAACAUGUUUUCAAACUGGGCCGAGAAUUCCCUGUGUGUUUAUAGAUAAAAUGAGAUCUAGAGCCUCAAGUAAUUUCAAACUGGGUUUCCACCUGCAGAAGCAUUCGGUGGGGCAAUUGUGCUAAUGGGGGACGUCUCUGUUGUCAAGGGUCUAACCCACAGGGCUUAUGCAGCGUCUGAGCUCCAUCUGUUAGCAGCUCGUGGUCCUCCCAGUCACCGGCACUUUAAAAGCCCUCACGUUUCCCAAACUGCCUCGAGGGAGCAGUACCAUCCCCUGGAGAACAAAUGAUUUUUUGAAAACUCCUGUUACUGUCGGGUUUCAGUCUUCUUGUUAAGUAUUUGUCCAUUUUUAAUGUGUUUCUCUCUCCUUAGUUCUUUCCAUACCAAACCGGAAGUUGCAGAAUGAACUUUGUGGGCGUUGUUUUUGUUACUGUUCCCCCCCCUGAAAGUCAAGAAGUUGUUGCCGCCUCUGGUCCAAAGACCACGAAUAUCCCCAAAUUAAAGUUUGUUAGCUUUCAGAGAAUCCUAAGACAUAUUUACACAUAAAUUUUGAUCCCCUAAAGAGCUCCAGUAAGUAAAUCUCUUUGACAUUUGAAUAUUACGAGCAAAGAAUAACAAUCGUAAACGAACAAACAAAACACAACAAACAAACAAACACACAAAAAAGAAUAACCAUCAUGGCGCUUUUUUUUUUUUUUUGCCACCAUGGCAUGAAUGGGAUGGUCAUAGAGGCCAAAUUUAGAUGUUUUCACUUAGCGUAUGUGUGAUUAGUUUUUACAGACAAGUGGUUCCCUUUCUGCUCCCACCCUAGUGAAUGGAAUCACUGUAUCAUUUCCUUUGGGAUGAGACUAUCGCCAGCUAUUUCCUUGGAGAUUAUGUGGGAGGUGGACACCUUGAAGAGGAAUAAACUAUUUCUGGUACAGCCACUUUUGGGCUUGGCCAAUGACGCUUGAUUUUAUUCAUGUUUGGAGUUAACUCUGCUUGUGUAAUUUUUUUAUACAUUCAUGCGAAUCACCUGGAAGGUGAGUAUUUAAAAAUCUAUUGAUUAAAAACUGGCU